AUGACAACAGCAAGCACGACGCCGUCCCUCUCGCCAGCCGAGCUGAGCUAUAUCGUCGACGGCCUGAAGGGCACGCCGCCAACACGCUCCGACGGCCGAGGUCUGCUCGAGCCGCGCGACAUUGGAAUCGAGUACGAAGUCGCACCCGCCGCGAACGGGAGUGCGCGCGUGCGUAUCGGCAACACCGAGGUUGUGGCUGGCGUCAAGCUCGAGGUCGGCGAGCCGGGACCAGCCAAGGUGGCCGUGGAUGUGACGCCGCAGGCCCUUCCCUCCCUCCAGUCGUCGGCUCUGCAGGCGCUGUCGACAGAGUACGCAGCCCACCUCUCCGAGCACUUCAUCCCCUUCGUCCCCCGUCUCCCGAUUACGAAGGAACGCGCCUUCCUGCCCUCUCUCCACCUAACCGUAGUCUCAGCAGAGGGCAACAUCAUCACAGCCCUCGCACUCGCGGCACGCGCGGCCUUCUCCGACUUGGAGGUGCCGGAUACGAAAGUGAUCGCGUGGACGGGGGACGACGACGCCUCCUCGGCAGCGGACAAGAGCGGCUUCGGCGCACUCAAAGACGGCGCGAGGGGUAAAGGAAAGGGUAAGGCGAGGGCGAAAGGUUUGGACGACUGGGACCUCGGCGAGGGCACGCACCGGAUCGAGGGCCGGGAGGAACUUCCGGUGUUGCUCAGUCUGAAUCUCGUCCAGGGGAGCGAGAACACGUUCCUCGACCCGUCACCCAACGAGGAGGCUGCUUGCCCCGAAAGGAUUCUGGCCUGGUUCAGACCGAACGGAAACGUAUGCGGGAUCAGGACCGAGGGCGGACUCGGUAUCGAGGCGGGGCGCAUGAGGGGGUUGCUCGAGCAGGCGCAGGGGCUCGCUACUGCCAUGGCGGCGACGUUGAAUGCAGACCUGCCGUAG